AUGGCUCUCUAUCUCGUACGCGCAUACACGUUCAUCAAUCAUUUCAAUCAAGCGCUCACUCAAUCACAACCACAAAUAUCAAAAACAAACAUGCCUGGAAACAAACGUCAAUGGCAUCAAGACCGGUCUGGAGGAUAUGUAUCGCUUUGUCGUUCAGGGUCACAGGGCACCGUGCGGCCACCGAUUAAGAGUCGCCUGGCCGUUGGGUGCCGUGCUGAAUCUGCUCAACAAUCUCGACCAUCACUCAAACAAGGAUAG